UUUAGAAAGUACGGAGCGCACCGAGCGUUCGUCAUCGCUCAACUAGGGCGGACCCUCAGGGGCACGAAGUGAUACAUGCGCAUAUACCUAUGGUCGGAUAUUUGUUUCUAUGUCUUUGUUGGAUCUGUCUCUCUUCCCCACGUCUUGUACAUCCCCCCGUCGCAAACACCUGCAUACUUCUGGUCUCUGCUGUAGCAUAUACAACAACGCGAGGUCACAGAAUCUACGAUGCUUGUUUGUUCGCCCUUCUUUGCCUCACCCAAGGGUCGUCUCCACGCGGGCACACAGUAUUGCUGAGACAUGGCCUUGACCAGACUGUGCUCGCGAUCGGCCUCCUCGACGAACCCCUGCGCUCUGCAAUUGGAGUGCAUAGUUCCAACGAGAGCAGCCCUGCGGAUAGUACACAUGUCUUGCCAAGUCACACGUCACGCGCAUGCCAUGUGCUUUGUUCCAGGGUGGUCAAUGAGCGGCUGGCGAAUGUGACGUCUCCUUCAGAAUACAAGAUGGCCUCUUUGUGUCAGUGCGGCAGAGCACAACUUGGUCGUGGUGCGACCGAUGGAUGGUCCAGCUGAAGGAAGCCUCAUCAAGGUGUUCCAUAUGUGAUGUUGUUGAUGUCGCAUGGACUUUCAAAUUGGCCUCUGGGGGGGGGUUAGGGACAGAGAGACUGUCGAGAUGCGACGAGGCGCGAGUGUUGU